AUGUCGGUUAUAUGGACAUUUAUUUCCAACGGCAGAGAGCUAAAGCUAACUGAACUAUUCUACAUAGCAAAUAAUGCGACGGCCUUGUUCCAUGGCCCCGAGGCACGAUUCAAUUUCUAUUAUGACAACCCUGAAGGCUUCUACACAUUUGUUAUUAACAUCACAGGUGCACAGUAUAGUAGAGUAACACGAGCUGAUGAUGGUGUAUACCGCUGUUCCCUUACGAACGGUGAUACUUUGCUCGAUAGUAAGGAAGUCAAGCUCACUGUCCUCAACCCUGUCGAGUCAGUAUCUAUUGAAAUUCAUGACGCUGAACACAAUAUUAUUGCAUCGUCUAAGAAGGCUGUUACCAAAAAUGCUACGCAAGUCAAUCUGACUCCAGGACAGUAUAUGGUGAAAUGUGAUGCAUCAGGCAGCAACCCAAAACCAGUAAUGCACCUCUUACUUAAUGACGAGAAGCCACAUGUUUCUACAACUACAAUGAAAGACAAGAACGCUGUGUUCACUUCUUAUCGCGGAUCUUUCACGGUCGAUAGUCUUAAGGUUAAUGCCCACAAUGCAUUACAAACUCUGACGUGUUUGGCAAAUAUUCCUGGUGAUUAUUAUCCGUCUGCAGAAGCAGGACUUGCCUUGAUGGCUG